AUGUCGGAAAACAUCCUCUUCGAGAACAGCUUCAAGGUCACUGAGCUGAACAACGCGAAGUAUGACAGGGUUUCUCGCAUCAAAGCUUUCAGCGAGGGCGGAGGUGAAGUACUACUCACCCUUGAUGUCAAUACUGAACUGUACCCUCUGAAUGUCGACGACCGCAUGACCGUCGCGCUGGCUCUUUCUCUCAAUUUGGACGGCAGUAAGGAUGAUGGAAAGGGCUGGAGGGACGUCGGAAGAGGAGAACAGACACUGGCAGAUGAGUUUGACUACGUGUGUCACGGCAAAAUCUACAGAUUUGAGGAAGGCGAAAAGGACAAUAUCAAGGUCUAUGUAUCUUUCGGUGGCCUCCUUCUCUACAUGGACGGUCCGUACGCCUUGCUCAACGCGCUAAGAAUCGACCAUGUCUACCUGCUCAUUAAGAAAUAG